AUCAGCCUAAGGAACUUCGAGCAAAGCAUGUAACUCCUUUUGAAAUUGAGCUAAACUGGGAACCCCCCAAUACUGCCCUAAGAAGGCUAUACACGUACACUAUUUCGUACCAUUCGAAGAAUUCCCAAGUAAGCACAGUGCGGACGAAGAGAGAAGUGUACGUUUUGAAGGAUCUGGUUCCUGAUGUUGUGUAUACGAUUUGGAUAGCUGCCGAAAAAGAAGGUCUUAAAGGAGACCCAACAGAUCCCAUUGAAUGUCACACACCACGAUGUGGUCCCCAGAAUCUCCAAGUAGAUGCUCUUGAGCGACAGGUUCGAGUUUACUGGGAUGAAGCUGUUGUACCAUCAGAGACAGAAAGUCUAAAUUACAAAGUGUGUCUCCAGAACGAGAACAGUCGCGCAAUUGAAGGAGAAGUUCUACGUACUCCAGAAGCCAAAUAUGACUAUGCUUGCUAUUUCCGAGAUUUAUGGACAGAUACCAAUUAUACUCUAGUCAUGACGACCAUAAUAGAUGAAGGAGACUGGGAUCCGCCUACUGAACUUCAGAUCAAAACGAGAAGAGAUCCACACAUAAGUGACCUAGAACCCCAUGAUAAUAAUUUUCUGGUUGCCUAUUCAAACACACUUGGAAUAGAAGUUGGUGAAAAGAAAGUUGGAGGAAUAUUUUUACCGACACUUUUAGAGAGCCUACGCGAACAUUAUGACUCGAAGAAUAUCGUAGAGAUCAUGGAGGUUGUUGAUGAUGAGGUUCAAAAUAGAAGUGCAGUGACUGGGAAGAUAAAAAAGGUCAUAACAGUGAACACACUGCUUGCCCGUCCGAGAUUCUAACACUUCCGUUACUUGUUCUAAAACUGAAAACACU